UAUACACUAGAAGGAUGUAGAAUACAGUAGUAUCUUUCUUAUGUGUACAGUAGUACACUAGCUAGUAUUAGUAGUUGUUUCUGGAUGGUCAACUUUUCUUAAAAUUUCAUUCCCGAGAGAGAGGAACAUUGUUGUAUCUUUGUUAGGGAGGGAGAGAGAGACAGUGUCAUCAUCAUUCAUCACUCACUCUCUCCUUAGUCAAAUCAAAUCAAAUCCCUACUUUUUUAGUUUUGACCACCAUGGUUUAAGCACACUUCAAGGUCCGAUUCAACUCGCGCGAUUCCCCGAUUCAAUUCUGAUUUCAGAGGGUAGAGUUUUGAUUCCGGUGGUCUGGUGUAGUAAGGGUUUCCGUUUUCUGACCGCAAUAAUGGAGACUCCACCUGUGGAAGAGCUGCUGAAAAAGAUGCUAGAGCUAGAGCAAAGUCAGGACCAUCUAAAGCAUGAGAUGUCUAGGCUCACGGGGCUUAGGCAGCCGUCGCGUCUUAUGUUGCCGGGUCAGCCGUCGCGGAAGGAGAAACGACGUAUCCAGGGUUCGAUGAGUUCCAGAGCUGGAGUUGGUGGUGGCAAAGAACCAUCGGCAGGGAAGUUCAGUAAUGAACAGUAUUUGAAUAUUUUGCAGUCCAUGGCUCAAUCUGUUCAUGUCUUAGAUCUAAAUACGCGAAUUAUCUUUUGGAAUGCCAUGUCGGAAAAGCUUUAUGGGUACUCUGCGGCGGAAGUAGUUGGGAAGAAUCCACUUCAUGUUAUCGUAGAUGAUCAUGAUGCUGGCUUUGCGAUGAAUAUUGCUCGACGUUGUGUCAAUGGGGAGAGCUGGACUGGCGAGUUUCCUGUCAAGAGCAAAUCAGGGGAGAUCUUUUCGGCUGUUACUACGUGUUCACCCUUCUAUGAUGAUAACGGCUCUAUUAUUGGGAUCAUUUCUAUCACAAGUGACAUAGCACCGUAUUUGAACUCGAGAAUCUCUUUGGCUAAACUGAAGGCAGAAGAAGAAGAAGAAGAAGAAGAAGAAGAAGAAACGAGUUCUAUUCCUCCAAGGAGUAGUUUUGCCUCUAAACUUGGUUUGGAUUCCAAAAGAGCUGUUAUAUCGAAACUUGGUUUUAACUCUGAUCAGCCUAUACAAGUUGCUAUAGCAUCAAAGAUAUCAAAUUUGGCAUCCAAGGUGAGCAACAAGGUCAGGUCGAAAAUGCGAGCAGGCGAUAAUAGUGCCACACUUUCCGAGGGUGGCAGUGGGGAUAGUCAUUAUUCAGACCAUGGUGUCUUCGGUGCUACUUUCGCUGACCAUAGGGAAGAUGCAGCUUCAAGUGGUGCUAGCACACCGAGAGGGGAUUUUAUCCAGUCUCCUUUUGGUGUAUUCACAUGUGAUGAUAAUAAGUUACCUUCAGAACCCUUGAAAGAUUCCAGUGUUGAGAGUAAUGGAAAGCAUGCAAUCCAUAAGGUUCUCACCGCAAAAGCUGAAGAAUGGAUGAUAAAGAAAGGCUUGUCACUGCCAUGGAAAGGGAAUGAGCAGGAAGGUUCAAAAAGAAAGUCUACUCAUUUUGUAUGGCCUUGGGUACAAGAUGAAGAAGAGAAAAAUAGGUAUCACCAGAUUAAUCCCUCUGCUGGUGUUAAGUCUGAAAGCUAUGGCUUUGACAGUAAUAAGCCUACUGAUGACGAGGCUUUUACUAUGUGGUCUUCCUCUAUAAAUGGGAACAGCACAAGCAGUGUUAGUAGUUGCGGAAGUACUAGCAGGAGUGUUAUGGAUAAGAUUAAUACAGAUAGUGAUUGCUUGGAAUAUGAAGUUUUAUGGGAUGAUUUGACAAUUGGGGAACAAAUUGGACAAGGUUCAUGUGGAACUGUCUAUCAUGGACUCUGGUUUGGAUCUGAUGUAGCUGUGAAAGUGUUCUCCAAACAAGAAUAUUCAGAAGAGGUCAUAAAAUCUUUUAGACAAGAGGUAUCGUUGAUGAAAAGACUUAGACAUCCUAACGUUCUGCUGUUUAUGGGAGCUGUUACUUCACCUCAGCGUCUCUGUAUAGUGUCUGAGUUUGUUCCACGAGGAAGUCUCUUCCGUCUACUACAGAAGAGUGUAUCAAAACUUGAUUGGAGGCGGCGUAUCAAUAUGGCCUUGGAUAUUGCUCGCGGUAUGAAUUAUCUUCACUGUUGUAGUCCACCCAUCAUACAUCGUGAUCUGAAGUCGUCCAAUCUGCUGGUAGACAGGAAUUGGACCGUUAAGGUAGCCGACUUUGGUCUUUCGCGUAUCAAGCAUCAGACAUACCUAACCAGCAAAUCUGGAAAGGGAACGCCUCAAUGGAUGGCACCAGAAGUUCUUCGAAAUGAGUCUGCUGAUGAAAAGUCUGACAUUUACAGCUUUGGAGUAGUACUAUGGGAACUUGCCACAGAGAAGAUACCAUGGGAAAAUCUCAACUCGAUGCAGGUGAUCGGAGCUGUGGGGUUCAUGAACCAGAGGCUGGAGAUUCCAAAGGACAUUGAUCCUGCUUGGAUCUCAUUAGUGGAGAGUUGUUGGCACAGCGAUACAAAGCUGAGACCCACAUUCCAAGAACUGAUGGAGAAACUAAGAGACCUGCAAAGAAAGUAUGCUUUACAGUCCCGACUGACUCGUGCUGGGUUACUUGAGAAUGAGAACCCUGUCCUCAAGAACAACUAAACAAAAGGAAAGUUGACCCCUUUUCCCUUAUGUGCCAUUUUGCUCCGUGACGCACUGCUUCUAGCAACAGCAAUGCUAUGGUGGUCUGCCAGUGUCUCCUUCAUCAUUGAACAAAAGAGUGGAGCUGCUUCAGAAAUUUGCAGAGUCUAAUUUCCCUGCAGUUGAAGUACAUGAAUACGCAGUUCAAGUAGAGACAUACACCACACUCUCUAAACCCAACAGCCUCGUACUCAGUGUCAAUGGAGCCAUUAUAUCUCUCUUGUUGGACAUUCAAGCUGGAAGUGGGAUGUUCGCUAAGCAAGAAAUUAACGAAAUCAUCCAUACAUCUUGGUCUUGAAGCGAUUUAAGUUGAUUUGGAUUGUAUGAAUUAAUGGUUUCAGGCACACAUUUGACCAGAGGAGACCAAAGCAGCCACUGUAUCGACACCCAUGGGAAGAUGUCUUGUACACCAAGUCAUUAUUCACUUCACUUCUUGCCAUCAUCAUAUUAUUAUUUAUAUAUUCCAUCCCCUCCAAUUAGGCCUUUCUUAAUCUGGGAGUUUUUUUGUUGUGAUGUCCCAUACCAUAAUUUUUUGGUUAUAUUACACACAAUGUCUCGGUAAAAUUUAUUAGGUUAUAAACCCAUCGAACUGUCACUGUAAUUCGUACAAAAACUCUCUCUCUCUUAUCUCUCUAAAAUCUUUUAGAGGGAGAGAAUGUUUGUUUUGCUGUCCGGUGUUUUCUGGCUUCUGUCCAACACUUUUAGCUUUCAUAGUGGGAUAGUUGGCUUUUAUCUGGCGUCGUUGGCUCUUUUAGCAAUGUCGGCCGGCUUUCUUCCGGCAUAGGUGGCUCUGAUUAGUAUCUUUGGCCGGCUCUGCUUCUAGCAUAGGUGGCUCUAAUUAGCACCUGUGGCUGGCUUUGCUUCUGGUAUCUUUCAGCUUCUAUAGUGAAGAUAUUCGGCUUUGUCUCUAGCAAUUCGUUGGUUGUUUUUCUGGCGAGUUGAUACUUUCUGUGACUAUGGCCAGCUUUUGCCCGCUAUCCGUUCGUCUCUUCGGCGAUUUCAGCAAGCUUUUGUCUCGGAAUUUUUCCGGUUUUGUUUUAUGGAUCGAUUGAGUUUUCAUCGAUUCUAUGUUUGUCUUUUUAAUGGCGGAAGCCUAUAAAUCUAGAUCUAGACUGCUUUGUUGAAAAUCGAUUUUUCACUGGUUCUUGAAGACGAAGAUUUGAAGCUCUGAAGUUACAUAUCGCGUCUGUGAUUAUCUGAAAUUCCGGCGAUUUAGAGUUUUCUGCAGGCGAAAAAACAACCGGCAGUGAUGAUCGGCGGUAGCCCCUGUUUCUUCCUCUUCUUCACGCGUGUUUUUGACCUCAUCCUUUGUGCAACACGUGUCUUGUGUGUUCAAUGUUUAUCCAUCAAUUUUCUUCGUGGCAGUUUUAGAUCAUUUAGAUUUAA